AUGGAGCAGCAGCAGCAGCAAGAGCAGCAGCAGGAUGCCAAGAAUCCUGAGGCUUCGCCGUCGAAAAACCAUUUGACGCAAUGGUGGAAACAGAUACGCAUCAACCCGAAAAGCAUGUCGUCAGACUCGCUGGCAGUAGUUGGGAGCGCAGAGUCGUCGGCGUCGGCGUCGUCGUCGUCGAAAUUGCGGCCUGUGCUGAUGUCACAUUCGCGAUCUUUCAAUAGCAAAGCCCCAAGCGAUGAGUUCCGAUCGUACCGAGACUCGUUUCUGAUGAACCGCAACCAGUUCAUGGGCCAGGUGUUUGGGGUCCCGUUAUCGCAAUCGUUAAGCGUGGCCAGCGCCGAAGUGAUAGUACAAAGCGAGCUGGAGAGCUUUGGACGGAUACCUAUCCUUGUGGCCAAGUGCGGAGCAUAUCUGAAAGCGAACGCGCAGCAAACUUCGGGAAUCUUUCGCAUUGCUGGUAACAACAAACGAGUCAAAGAAUUGCAGUACAUUUUCUCGACUCCACCAAGCUACGGCACGAAAUUGGGCGAUUGGGACGGGUUUACCGUGCACGAUGCCGCUUCCGUACUGCGGAGAUUCCUAAACAAUCUCGAAGAACCUCUGGUUCCCCUCGCAAUCUAUGAAAGAUUUCGGAAGCCAUUGCAAGACAGGCCUCGAAUUUUGAAGCAUUUGGCUCAAGGAACUACCAGAAGUCAACAUGAGGAGACGAAUUCUACCACUAUCAAAGCAGGUACUGGCUCGGUUUCUGAUCCCAUAGACCCAGAAGAAGAGGAAAAACGAAAAAUGAAAGCAGUCCGACAUAAAAAACGAUUAACGCGCGAUAUCAGAGCAGCCCUCAAGGAAUUUGAAAGUCUUUUUGGUGUUUUGUCCUCAGAUGCUCGGCAGCUACUGAUUUAUUUGCUAGACUUACUCAGUUUGUUUGCUCAGCAGUCCGAUCAAAACUUGAUGACAGCACGUAAUUUGGCAGCUGUGUUCCAACCAUCGAUCAUAUCACAUCCACAACACGACAUGGACCCCAAGGAGUACGAGUUGUCCCGACUUGUGGUUGAGUUUCUGAUAGAAUACUCGUAUAAAUUACUACCGCACUUGCUCAAGCAUCAUCGCUCUACCUCAAAAGUUGCAGCAAAGCCCUUGUCGGAGGCUUCUAUUCCUAAACAACAGAAAAUCCCUAUACCACAAACCAUCAUUUCACCAGAACCAGAAAGCUUGGAAGAGUCACAAAAUAGUCAGGCGUUACCCACAACGCCUAUUGAACAAACUACAAAACACCUCGAAGGACCCUCUCGAGCGCUAACGCCUCCAAGCCCCUCUUUUCUGGGAAAACCCAAACAAAUGCCAAAGGGCAGGCCGCACAGUAAGUCCCUGAGUCACACACUUAAUGCUUCUGACAUUAUCACGGGAAGACGCAGUUCGCGACUUUCUUGGCUAAACCGGGUUCUCUCAAAUGAUACUGGAGAGCUCAGCGGCACCGAAGAGGAGGGAGAAGAGGGCGAAGAUGACGAUAUUCAUUCGCCGGGUAGUACACACUCAGGGUCAGUCCCUAAACAAAAUUACUUGACUCUACCUCGUCCAGUAGCUCCCAGAACUAUGAGUGGUAACAGUUCCAACUCCGGAAACAUACGGCCAUUGUCGGAAGUUAUGAAUAAAUCACUCGAGGAAAUCAGUACCUCUUUCGGAUUUAGAAGAAACAGUAACACCGAUAAUUCUGCAUUGUGCACCGAUGAAGACAGCGAUUCGCGAAAUCGGUCGAGAUCCGAUCGAAGAAACUCUUGGCUAAAUAAACUGCGAAGCCGAUCGAGAUCUGCAAAAGCAGAGUAA